AUGGAUAUGCAAACAGGAGACGCUCAGGGCUUCCCAGCCAUCACUUACAAUCCAAAUCACCAGAAUCAAAUUCUUCCGUCACAUCAAUCACCUUCCAAAAUCUACAAAUACCAAUCAUCGUCUCCUCAGCACAUGGUUGUUCCAGAUGAAAAUGAGUAUAUCGAAAGCCAAGGAAUUGAAUAUACCUAUUCUGAAACUAGGCCCACCCCACCUGCGUCAGUAGCUGGAUCCAUUGCACGGUCGGUUGCGAAAUCCCUGAAGUCCUCCUCUCAGAGCACUGUCAAAUCUGCCGAGAGCGAAGACUUGAAAAGGGCUCACCACUAUCAGCAACAACACAAUCAACAGCAGCAACCCCAGAAGAAUUCCAAAAAAACAAUCUCACACACGGAACAUACUGAAAAACAACAACGAGCCAAGAAAGUCUUUUGGGUUUGUUUCUGUUCUCAAUUGAUUGUCAUUUUGAUUCUGGUGAUUGUUUGGACCUCAAGUCCGGCAUCCUUGGUCGAAAAGUCUGUUUUGACUCAAGCCGAAAAUACUGCCAGCAGUGGUGUGUUGAUUGGUAUCAAUGAUACUUUUCAAAUUAAUAAUUGGGAUGAAUUCUUGGGCUUGUCUGAUGACGAUUACUUUGGAGAUGGAACCUUGUGUCCAUCUGGCAUUGAUACACCCAUUGCGGUGCUUACCGACAAGCCUUGUUAUGCGCGUCCUGACGGAACAGAAGGUGCCUACAGUGAGCCCAUUGCGGUUAUCUUUGAAAAUUGUGCUCCUCAACCGGAUGACUGGAUUGGGAUCUACGAUGCGGAACACAACAUUUUUCAGCCCGGAAUUCACCGAGUGGAUUAUUGGAGUUGGGCUUGUGGGGAUCAAGAAUGUCAAAAACCAGUACGUGGGGGAAUUAUUGUCUUUGCAGGAAUCCAAGAGUAUGGAAACUUCAAGGUCCAUUUGCAUCGUCGGGAAGGGGAAGCAGAAGAAAUGUACUUGGCCAGUAGCGAGAUCUUUACAGUACAACAAACUUGCAUUGACUAUGUUUGGGAUUAA